AUGACGAACGGGGUCAUUCUGGCCCUCGCCGGCUUCGGCGCCGGGCUGACCCGCGAGCUGGCCGCUCGCCCGGAGACGGUGCACGUCGACAGCCUCGUCCUCCUCCCCGGCGAGGUGCGCAGCCACAGCAUCUGCCGCGGGGUGCCCCCGAGCGCGCCGAUCGCCGACCGGUUCGGGGGCGGGACGCCGUCCGCGAGGUGGACUCGGCGCUGCAACGGCUGGGGGACGAGAUGCAUCCGGCGUUGGCGGCACGGGAUCGAGGCCGUCCUGCUACGGAUCGCGCCCGAGGCGGCCAGGACGAAGGGGUUGGUGGACCAGCUUCGCUUCAAGAAGGAGGCCUGGAAUGAGUUCCUUGCGAAAAACCAGUGA